AUGCUCCAUGAGGUCCUCUUGGCCUUGUCCGGCCAUCCCUCCCCACUCUUCGCAGACCAGAACUCGCAAACGGACCAGAAAGAAUUCCCGCUCAUAUCGCCUUCCGAGCGCGCUCUCCUACGAUCCAUUGGAAGGCUGUCUGAGCUUCACCGCAAGCUGAAGAGUCAUCUGGAAUCCAUAUCGGCCGCGCAUCCAUCCAUCAUCUGCCGCUCGGUCGCCAGCUCCAUCCUCCACACCCAUCUCGCUCGCUUCCAGAAGAGGAUCCUCGACGUGGAGGGCAAGAUACUAACCAAAGAUGCCAGCCUUGUUGGCGCAUACGAGAUUGUGCCACUCGCAAGCGUGGUGGGCGAGUUUGACGACUGGCACCGCCGCAUGGCAUGGUAUUGGCAGAUCGCGUGCUUCUUUCAGCCUCUCAAAGAUGCAAGUCGGGAGCAGCAGCGACCUUCCACGCCCUGCUCCAGCGCCCAGGUCAUCGACAAGCUUCGUGCGGAGACCCAGACUGGCUUUCCAGACAUUGAAGAAGCCGCCACCCAAUUGGCCAAAGUCGCCGAGACUGCCUGGUUGAAGCAGCUCUCAUCGUGGAUCAUCUAUGGGAAGCUACCCGCAUUCGGCGCCCACGACUUUUUCAUACACGUUGACGGACCUGAUGGUCAGUCCUUCAGCAAAGACAACGAUCUACUUCCAACCUUCGUCAGCUCCACAACAGCAAGCUCUAUCCUCUUCAUCGGCAAAUCCUUACACCAAGUCAAGCGACAUCGUCAAGCGAAGAUGGUCUCCAUUGCUGUCUCAGGCGGUGGAUCUGCCGACGCUGACCUCGCCAUGGCUCAUCUCAGCUUGCUCGCGGCCUUGCCUCUUCCUUUGAUACCCUCGCAGUUCUCAAGGACUAUCUCCGAGAUCAGGUUGUCGUUGUCCCAGAAUGUACUCCAGCAACUCCUGCCCAUGAGCUUGACACGACAAGUGUUGAUGUGCCUGCGACACUUCUUUCUGCUGGGUCGUGGAGACUUCGCUGUUGCUCUGAUCAACGAGGCGGAGAGUAGAGUGCAGUCUCGUCAGCAGAGCAUGGGCCGACUACUACAGCAAGACCCUGUCAAAGCGAUGCAGAGCCUCUCUGUCAAAGAUGCUGAGCUGCACCAAGCGCUGCAACAAGUGUGGAAAGCUCUUGCUGCCGAAGAUUCGGAGACGACUGACGCCGUACUGGACUAUGCACGGCAGCACAUCUCACUUUCCACGCCAAAAGCAGGUACCUCACGGCCGUCGAGCUCAGACAGCUUCGAAAGCGCUUCAGCAGAUGUAGUCUCGACUGCUUUCAAUGACCUGCUCGUCCCCAGCCCUACUGAGUUGAGUCUGAGCUUCUCCUCGCCCGUGGAUCUCUUUCUUUCUACGCGCGAUGUUGAUACGUAUUCCGCUAUCAACUCGUACCUACUCGCCAUUCGAAGGAGCCACCAAAAAGCUAGCGAUCUUUGGCGUCGAUCACCUGCAAGGCGAGACCAUCCCGUCACUGCGCAGGACGGCAAUGCGAGACAACGGAAUCGAAAGCGGACAACUGCGACAAGGAAGGUAUGGGCUACACUGAGUGCUGCCAACUUCUUGCUCUCGGAGACUUCUGCUUUCUUCGAAGGCGAGAUCAUCACGGGCUCCUGCAGUCACUUUCAGGAGUGGACCGAAAAGCCCGCGACGAAUUUCGACCCUGAUGUCUCCGCUGCCAGCACAGUGGACGGUCCUGGAGAGCGGCCUGCUCAACGGGAUCCGGAGACUCUCGCAGCUGGUCACCGUACCUUUCUGGCAUCACUGACCUACGCACUUCUCUUGACCGACACAAUCUACACCCGAGAACUCCGCACACUCCUCGGCAACAUCGACAAUAUGAUCGCUUUCUUCACUCGCCUCCUCGAUGUCCAACAAAAGCUCGACCUCGAAGCACAAGAUGGCGCCGGCGAGAGCCCCCACACCGUCGAAGCAGAACAGCACACAUCCCUCGAGCUCGACCGCGCGAGGAAGAAAGUCGACAGCGGAUUGAAAGCCGUCGUCAACCGUCUGAGGCAGCUCGAUCUCCAGCGGAUCGGAAGCCUGAGGUAUCUCGACGUCCGCCCUGGCGAGAAGGGGGAUUUCGAAGUGUGGAAGGGCGGCGGCGGUGUCGAUCGCCUACUCAUGAAAUUGGAAUUCGGGAGGAUGGUUGAGGGCGGCAUGGGGACUGCAAGCUUUGAUCUUGUUUGA